AUGAAGAGCGUGGUAGCGGCGCUGGUAGCCCUGGAAUGUGUAGCCGUCGCCAAUGCUGCGAGGCCGCGAGGCGUGGGUCCUGAAUUUGGCAAGUUCUACGACGAUUCCAGGGACUUUGCCUGUAUCUCGACACCCGCCAUCAGCAUCUCUUUCAAUCGCGUCAACGACGACUACUGCGACUGCCCGGAUGGAUCAGAUGAACCCGGCACCGCAGCAUGUGCUCAUCUUUCRCCAUUKUCUCCUCACACGCCUGCAGAUGCAAUCCCUAGCACGGUUGAGAAUAUCUCGAAUGCCCUCCCUGGAUUCUACUGCAAGAACAAGGGACAUCGGCCGUCCUACAUACCCUUCACCAGUGUCAACGACGGAAUCUGCGACUACGAGUUGUGCUGUGAUGGCAGCGAGGAGUGGGACAGUGUGGGUGGAGUGAAGUGCAAGGAUAGAUGUGCAGAAAUAGGCAAAGAAUGGCGGAAACAGGACGAGGCUCGUCAGAAGAGUGCCGGUGUUGCUGCCAAAAAGCGAACGGAGCUGGUCGCCGAAGCUGCACGAUUAAAGCAGCAAGUAGUAGAUCGGCUACAGACUUUGGAGACGGAGAUUCAAGGUGCGGAGAUCAAGGUGAAGGACAUGGAGCGCGAGCUGAGCGAGACGCAACGAAAGGAGGCGGGUAAAGUCGUUAAGCCGGCCGGUUCCAAGGGCGGUAAAUUGAGCGUACUGGUGGGUAUUGCUCAGAACCGCAUGGCGGAGCUGAGAAACUCGCUGGUAUCCACUCGAUCCGAGUUGAACGUGAAGAAGGGUCGUCUGGAACAGCUUGAAGCUAUUAUGUCUACCUUCAAGGAGGAGUACAAUCCCAACUUUAACGACGAGGGAGUGAAGCGAGCUGUGAGGGCUUGGGAGGACUACAUUGCCAACGCAGGUGGGGAUGUUACGAACGAGGCGCAGGAGCGUGACCUGGACGAGAUCACCARGUCAGAUAGUGAAAAUGGUCUGAACUGGGAUGAUUACGUCGAAGAGGAGGACGAGAUGGAUGUUUUAUACGCCUUCGAAAACUACCUUCCACCAACGAUACGCACUUGGCUGGACCAAAAGCUGCGCGAGCUACGCGUGACAUUGAUUCAAAACGGAAUUCUCGCAGACACUGGCUCCUCCAGCGGCGGGGAGAACAAGAAGGUAGCAGAUGCACGCUCCCGCCUUGAAGCCUCGAAAAAGACUUUGGAAGAGCAACAGAAAUCUCUCGAUGACAGCAAGAACGAUUUGUCAACAGACUUCGGCCCCGAUGAUGUCUUCCGUGCCCUGAAAGGAAAAUGCAUUGAGACUGACAGCGGAGAGUACACCUACGAGCUAUGCUUCCUUGACAAGACCAAUCAAAAACCAAAGAAGGGCGGUGGACACACGAACAUGGGCAAAUACGUUCGACUGGAAAAGAUCGUGGUCGAUGAGGAGGUCAGGGCUGAUGGAAAGGGGCUGGGUAGUGGGGAGAGAUGGGCCAUGAAACAUGAAAAUGGUCAGCAUUGCUGGAAUGGGCCCAACAGGAGCACAACUGUUGUUUUGGCUUGCAGUGAGACGGAUGAAAUCUGGAAGAUCUUCGAGGAGGAGAAGUGUGUUUACCGGAUGGAGGUUGGAACUCCGGCGGUUUGUGAAAGUGGAAACAAGGCGAGUCAGAGGCAAGGUGGGAAGGAUGAGCUGUAG